AUGAUUGAUUACGAAAAGGAGCUACUAGCUGACUUGCUAAGUUCAGAUGAAGAAGAACAACCUGUUGAAUCAACCGAGAACCCACCCGAAGAUGUUAUUGAUCAAUCCCUUCCGUUAUCUCAAAAAUUAUCAAAUUUAAUUACAUCAUUAAACAAUCCAUUUCAAACUAUUUUACAACAUCCAAAUAUAGAAUCAAUAACAGAUUAUUCACGACUAUCUAAGAUAUAUCCAUUGAUACUGGAGCUAAAUUUAAAAUUUGAACAACAAUCAAAUGAUGAAGAAAUAGAUUAUUUAGAAUUAAUUGCUCAAAUUAAUAAUGAUCAAUCAUUUGAAUCUGAAGAAUAUAAAUUUAUUUUAUUAAUUAAUGAAUUAUCAACAUUAAUAAAUAAUGAAAUAUUAGCUUUUACCAUACUAUUAAAAAUGCAAUAUAAGUUGGUAUUUCCUGAAUUAGAACAUAUUUUAUUGAAUAAUAUUGAUUAUGUUCGUACGAUAAUGUUAAUUAAACAAGAUUUAGUAAAUAUAAAGCAAUAUGAUAAAGAUUUACAACUUAUAAUGACAAAAGAUAAAGUCUUGAUAUUAGUAAUGGCAGCAUUACAACAAUCUAAAAAUCAAUUUACCUUAUCAGAAUCAGAUUUUUCAAAAAUUAUGUCAUUAUGUUUAUUAAUUCUAGAUUUAAAUGAUCUACUAACGAAGUUAUCAAAUUUCAUAUCAUCAAAAUUAUCAAAAUUUGCUCCAAAUGUUUCUUCAAUUAUUGGUCCUAUAACAACUUCUCAAUUACUAAUAGCUACAGGUUCAUUAGAAAAUUUAGCUUUAACUCCAUCAUGUAAUUUGCCAUCUCUUGGAGUAAAAGAUUUAUCAUCAUCAAAUAAAUCAAUAUCAAGAAAUAUACGUCAAACUGGAUAUUUAUAUCAUAAUGAUCUAAUAAAAUAUUUACCACCCGAGAUACAAAAAUCAGUCAUGAGAAUAAUAAGUGGUAAAAUUAUAUUAGCUUCAAGAAUUGAUUAUUCAAAUUCAAACCCCAAUGGUGAUAUGGGUGUAAAAUUUAAAAAAGAAAUUGAAACGAAGAUUGAUAAAUUAUUAGCUCCUCCUGAACAUGUUCCUGAUAAAGCUUUAGCCAAACCAAUUGAAAUAAAAUCUAAAAAAAGAGGUGGUAGAAAAGUUCGUAAAUUUAAACAAAAAUUUGCAAUGACUGAUUUAGCUAAGGCUCAGAAUAAAAUUGAAUUUGGUUUGAAAGAUGAUAAAUUUUAUGAUGGUAGGGAGUUUCUAUAG